AUGGCACUUCUCCACCGCCUCCACUCCGCCGUCGAAGAAUCUUGGCCUCGCUGGGUCUGGGCGAGCCUCAAUGGUGCGCCGCUGGACGCCGUCGGCGGGGACGGUGCGCUCUGCGGCUCGCACUGGAGCUCCCUCCUCCGGCUCCUUCCUCUUUGUCGGAGUAUCUCCAGAGUUGCUGUCGGUGACGACGCCCGCACCUCCUUCUGGAUGGAUUCCUGGCUUCCCGUCGGUCCCCUGAUGUCGGCCAUGGCGGAGCUCUACUCCCACUGCACCUCGCCCUCCGCCACGGUGCAGCAGGUGAUCCGCGCCGGCCUCGACAGCCUGCUGGUCCGUCGCCUGUCCUCCUCUGCUUCCAAGCAACGGGGCACGCUCCUCGACCUCCUCCGUGGAGUGCACCUCGACUCGACUCCCGACCGGCGCUCCCUCCCCCUCUGUGGCAAAAAGGACGGCGGGAUCCGCACCUCUGACGUUUACGGACUGUGCACCAUGGGCGGCGUUCAGGACGAGCAUUAUGCUCUCGUCUGGCGGAACUGGGCCCCCUCAGGUGUCCGUUUCUUCGCCUGGCUUCUGGUGCGUGGUCGCAUACAAUGCCGCGCAAACCUUCUCCACAAAGGGAUCAUCGACCUCGCUGCCAGCGGCUGCCCCCUCUGCAAUGGCGCCGAAGAGACUCCUGCCCACAUCAUGUUUGGCUGCCCCUUCGCCCGUCGCUUCUGGUGCUCCAUUGGUGCUGCAUGUGAUGAGGCCUGGCCGGUUGAGGCUGCUGCUACCUGCGCGCUGCCUGCGUCAGCACCCCGAGCGACGUCCUCCACUCUCCGUCUCCUGUGCUUCUGGCACCUGUGGAAGCACCGGAAUGGCGUGGUCUUUCAAGGGCUCCCUCCCUCUCUUUCGCUGCUCCGCAAGAGCUGCCGUGACGAUGCCACCUUAUGGCGUGCUAGGCUUCCUGCUGAGCUCCGCGGCGAUGUCGACCAGUGGCUUACCUAUUUCCUCCCCGAACGGCCAUGA